CCAACGUGCGCCCCGCCCCCUCGCGCGUCAACCAAGCUUCGGAAAUCCCCGCCUCGGGUGGGUGGGCCUAAACUAAAGCACAGGUCUUCCAUCCAAUGAAGUCUUCGAGCCGGCGCUCAACUGCCAAUGAACGUUCAAGGGACUUGACAGCAUGGUUGGUCGACCAGGUUCCUCUUGUAAAUAAUCUUCACAUUUUGCUGAAAAGGGGUUCUAUUUUUAGAUUGCUUUUAUUUUAUUCCCCUGCUACGUUCUUACCUGGCUCCGAAACCCUGAGAGAAUGUGAGCUCUUAGAAUCACCGUGUUUGGACGCGUCUGUGGCGAGAAGACAGGAGCCCGGUAUAAUUUGUCGACGGACCCCGACCAAUAUUUUGGAUCCUGGUGACAGCAGUUCAGUCAAAAAAAAAACCGUGCCGGCUGAAGAACAGGUAGCUGGUGACAGCGAAGUUAAGGUAAGGCUGGAAGUGCUUCAAAGCGUGAAAGCGGACCGCUGAUCCUGUCUACAACCCGCACCACUAUCUCAGCACAUCGUGUAGCUUUGGUUUCUGGGACCUAUUCCAACCCUCAACUCUUCCCGGAUACACUCCCUGGCAAACAUAAUGUAUUAACCAGUGGACAGCUAAUAAUAUCGGCUCAAUACAGCGGCUAUCCAGGACUUCCUCUAAAAAAAAAAAAAGAAGAAAAAACACCAUUCUCUCUGGUGUCGUUUAGUGGCUCAGCGAGGGGUGAUGUCACUUCGACCGGAGAUGCGCCGGCUUGUCAAAAAAAUGCCCUGGCGAGUUGUCAUUGAUGUGGCGAGUCCGGUUUGGCUCUCGGUUAUUUGUGAAAGGCUCUGUUUUUCCCGAGGGAAUAAAGCCCGAAGCUGAAUGUCUUUGUUACACGUAAUGUCGCAGAGGUCAGCGUUGCGAUGGGAGAGGUGAAUUUAUCUGGAUGGGGUCGGAACGUGUCGACUUACUUUAAAUGACGUCACUGUUGUAUUUCGUACCGCCUGUUAACUAGUAAUGCUCCUUAAUGAAGUCCGAGCCCUACGUGUCGCGCUUUGCCUAGGACAGUCACUGCUGAUUUACAGUAUCAGUGAAACCGACCUCUUUCCGACGGGGAAUCGCUUGUUUCAUCCCCACCCUAUGACAUCCGGACGAAUCGGAUAAUGGUCACUAUAUAACUUACACAGCAUGGGGUUGUUGUCAUGACUAUCGGAGCUAGCUAUGUCACAGGCCUCAGGCACGGCUCGUCACAUUUUGACCUUCUGAAACUCCAUUGCUGGUAUUUUGUCACAGCCUGCUGGCACGUGCUUUGACUCUUGGCUAAUGAAGAAUGCUGAACGACACCCUUCCCUGCUGUCAGGUGGAGAAUGAUCACAGGAUCCCAAUGGAUGUGGACUCCGGUCAGCGAGAGCCAUGCUGACAGACUGCAGAAGGAUGUGGGCAGACCGAUGUCUCCAGGGAACGGCCCCAUGAGCUGUCCGCUCUCUCGUCUUGUCGUUAUUUCCUUUCCCCUGGGCUUUCACCGCGGGCGUCCCCGGCGUUAAUAUGCGCAAAGCCUAGCCGCGUUUCCUCCUCGCCGCCAUGAGUUCGGGCCUGUGGAGUCAGGAGAAGCCCAGCGCCGGCUUCCGCGAGGACCUGCGCUACUACGUCGUGGUGCAGGAGUGCCUGCUGGAGAAGCCCCCCCAGAAGACGCUGAAGAUCCCCCGGGGCAGCAUCGGCCAGACCUGCGUGGAGCGCAACAGCCUGGGCCGGCCGCUGCCCACCGCCAAGGGGAAGAGGAGCCUCCGCAUCCUGGACCAGACCAACGUGGUGCUGAGCAUGGACGAGAAGGACGUGCAGGAGCUGGACGAGAAGCUGGCCGAGCUGCUGUUCGCCAUCACCAACUGCGAGGAGCGCUACGGCCUGUUCCGGAACAAGCCCCGCCUGGACAGGGUCCGCGAGAUCGACUGCGGCGCCAAAGUCCGGGUCCAGCUGCGCUCGGGGGACGACCGGCUGCCCGGGGUGGUGAGGUUCAAGGGGCCCCUCAUCCCAGAGAGCGUCCUGUCUGGAAUCUGGUUCGGAGUGGAGCUACUGGAGGAAGGCCGUGGCCAGGGCUUCACGGAGGGCUCCUACCAGGGCAAGCAGCUCUUCCGCUGCGAGGACGAGUGCGGGGUCUUUGUGGCCGUGGACAAGCUGGAGCUGUGGGAGGACGAGGAGGAGGAGGAGGAAGAGGACGUCGAUCUGGAGACGGACCACGUGGCCCUGGUGGAUCCCUUGGACUCCGACUACCCGCCACUGGGCAUCAGCUCUCGGGUGCUGGUUCACACCAGGGAUGGCCCAGAGCGUGGCACUGUCAUCUUCUGUGACCUGCUGCCUGGGAAAGAGGACCUGGGCUACUACAUGGGAGUGGAUAUGGACAAUCCUAUAGGGAACUGGGACGGGAUUUUUGAAGGGAAGCUUCUGUGCGAUUUUGCGAGCGUGGAACACACUCUUCUCCUCCCUAUUAGUGAUGUCAUACCAGAGUUCCCCAUGCAGGAGCAGCGCCUGCAGAAGCACAGCUUUGCGCCAAGAGGCGGUGGGGGCAGUGACAAGUCCAUCUCCGGCCAAAACAAGCCAAAGACUAAAGGACUAGGUCCCCAGAGUGGAAAUAGAAGCAGGUCUGAAUUUUAUUACACUUUAAAUGGCAGCUCUGUUGACCAUCCUCCACAAUCCAAAUCAAAAAGCACAUGGUACAUUGAUGAAGGUGCCCGUCUCUUGUUUUCUGCCCGUCACUCCGCAGUGGGGGGGGACCCCGCGAAGUCGCUCAUGGACGCGCCCCCCGAGUUCAGUCAGUCCCCUCCGCCCUCGCGGGCCCCGCCCGCCCCCUCGCUGCCCGGCGACAACAAGUUCCACUCGCUGCCCUUCAGCCUGAACAGGAAGAGCGGCUCCAACGGCAGCAUCAGCCACAGCCCGCUGUCCCUGUCCGUCCAGUCGGUCAUGGGGGAUCUGCCCGACCUGCAGCCUGUCCCGGCGCCCCUCCGCAACCAGUACGGGCUGGAGGUGGGCUCGCUGGUGGAGGUGAAGGACAACCCGCCCCUGUGUGGGGUGAUCCGCUGGGUGGGGCAGCCGCCCGGACUGCUGGAGCCCCUGGCCGGCCUAGAACUGGAGGAGGAGUGCCCUGGCUGUACAGACGGCACCUUCAAGGGGACUCGCUACUUCACCUGCCCGCCCAAGAAAGCCCUGUUCGUCAAGCUGAAGAGCUGCAGGCCGGACUCCCGCUUCCCAGCGCAGCCCCAUAACACCAACCCCAUCGAGCGCUGCAACUCCAUAGCCUUCGGAGGGUACCUGAGCGAAGUGGUGCACGAGAACACGCCUCCUCGCACAGAGAACGAGGGGCUGGAGGUCAUGAUUGGCAAGAAGAAGGGGAUUCAGGGCCAUUACAACUCCUGCUACCUAGACUCCACGCUCUUCUGCCUGUUUGCCUUCAGCUCAGUGUUGGACACUGUACUGCUGAGACCUCGGGCCAAGAGUGAUGUGGAGUACUACAGAGAGACUCAGGAAUUGCUGCGCACUGAGAUAGUCAACCCUCUGCGCAUACACGGCUAUGUGUGUGCCACUAAAGUGAUGAAGCUACGGAGGAUCCUGGAGAAGGUGGAGGCUGCUUCUGGGUUCACGUCCGAGGAGAAAGAUCCUGAGGAAUUUCUCAUUAUCCUGUUUCAUCACAUUUUAAGAGUCGACCCCUUGCUGCGAUUGAGGUCUGCAGGACAGAAGGUCCAGGACUGCUACUUCUACCAGAUCUUCAUGGAAAAGAACGAGAAGGUGGGAGUCCCCACGAGCCAGCAGCUGCUGGAGUGGUCCUUCAUUAACAGUGAUCUCAAAUUUGCUGAGGCCCCAUCCUGCCUUAUUAUUCAGAUGCCUCGGUUUGGGAAAGAUUUUAAGAUGUUCAACAAAAUCUUUCCCUCUCUGGAACUCAACAUCACUGAUUUGCUUGAAGACACUCCUCGGGAAUGCCGAAUCUGUGGGGGUCUGGCCUUCUUUGAGUGCAGAGAGUGCUACGAAGACCCUGACAUCACAGCUGGGAAGAUCAAGCAGUUUUGUGAGAAGUGCAACAUGCAGGUGCACCUCCACCCGCGGCGCAGAUCCCACCGGCAGGGGGCGCUGUCUGUGCCCAAGGAGCUGCAGGAGGGGGGCCGGCAGGGGGGCUUCCCCCGGCAGAGGAUGGAGCUGUUUGCUGUGCUCUGCAUCGAGACCAGUCACUACGUGGCCUUUGUCAAGUACGGCGCCGCCGACUCUGCUUGGCUCUUCUUCGACAGUAUGGCUGACCGUGACGGAGGGCAGAAUGGCUUCAAUAUCCCACAAGUGACGCCCUGCCCAGAGGUGGGUGCAUACCUGAAGAUGAGCCCGGAGGAGCUCCAUGCUCUGGACCCCAAGAGCAUCCAGGGGUUUGCGCGCAGGCUGCUAUGCGAUGCCUACAUGUGCAUGUACCAGAGCCCCACCAUGAGCCUGUACAAAUAGAGCACCCUACUUCCGCCCGCGACGCGCAGACCCCACUGGCGCCGCCGCCCUGACCUCAGCAACAGCUCGCAAGUACUUACAAAAAGCCCCGGAUGGCAAGCCUAGUGCACUGCGCAUCUGUUCCAAGUGGCGUUUUCGUGUUUUUAAUCUGUGGCGAACAGAAAAAAUGUGAUUUGUAGAUUUCUCGUCUCGCAGAGCAGCAGCAGUACUGCAUCUGUUCAUGGAAGCGUCAGGAAGUGGCUUCACUCCAGGCUGCUGCAAGCAAAGCAUGUUUAGGAGGCUAAUGAGUAUUCGCACUGGUGGAAUAAAAAAAAAAACGGACCUAAUGGGAAACGAGUAAGCGUCGCUUUGCUCUCUCGGCGGGUCUCAUCCCACCACAAGGUCGCUGGCGAAUUGGGCAGGGUGUGAACUUCGAACUGCAAGGCCACAUCGAAAGCUUUUGAUAACACUUCCAAAGGGUGUUUUUUGUUGUUUUGUUUCUUUGUUUUCAGCAGGGUGAGGGUGGGGAAGCUUUUUUUAAAAAAAAAAAAAUAAAACCAUUGGCUGAAGAAUAUAAAGACUUUUUCCCAUUUGUCUAACUCCAGUAGCAGUGUAGGUGUGUGUGAGCCUACGAUGUGCAAUAUGGAAGUGAUGAGCACUCCAGGUGUGGUGCAGAGGUGGGAGUGCAGGGAACAGCUGUGUGGGAGAGAACAGCUGGAGAGCCAGCAGAGGGAGGUGCUCAUGUUCUUUUUAUCCCUGAUCAAGCCGUGGGGCGAGGGGGCAUUGGUUAAAAAGCAGGUGUAUGAAGUAAGAGUGAGAUGACGGCACUGCAAAAAUUAAUUUAAACUUUAAAGAUGGAAAUUUAUUCCUGCUAUUUUUUUAAUAGAAGCAGAAUCUAUAUAUUAUGAUUGUUUGGUCAAUGCACUGUUCACAGAUUUUAGGGCUGAACCAUUACGUUAUGAUAAGAAAGAUAAAAUGCAAACGAGGACGACAGUGGGCACCUGCCAGCCCAUGAAAGAUCAAAGACUAGGAAUUUAUAAAAAGAAAAUUGUCUAUGACAAGAUCUACAUUACUGCUCUGUUUACUCCUUAAUACCACUCUUAAUUAAGAGUCCAGCUUGGUUUAGCUGGAUCAAGCUAAAGUUUAGAAAGGAAAUUAGGACCUUAUUCCCAGAAGAAAUAAGGGGUUCCACUAUUUAACUGGUCCCAAAUAUAAAGACAGCAUUUUCCCCUUACCAUAUUUGUUACUUUAGAUCCUUACAUUUGUAUGUAGGUCAUUUUUUUUGUAACAACAUGAAUGUAGAAUUAAGGUUCAAUAUGUGUUAGGUUAUGAUAUUUAUUAUAUGUGUGUUAUGAUACACAUAUGUGCCACAUGUGUUAUAAACAUGUUAAGUGUUUAUAUUGCUGCAGUGUGCUAUGGCUCUGAAUGCAUUUCAAGCUCAUUAAGAACGGAAGUUUGAAACAAUAUUUCUGUUCACAGAAAACUCAUCCACAAGAGGCAAUCUACAGUAUGGGAUAAAUAGCAUAAAAUUACGGUUGGCAUUCAAGUGGUUAGUGUGGUGCUAUCAUUGCAAACUAAUUAAGCAGGUAACAAUAAUACCAUAUUAAGGGAGUACAAACAAGUAAACAACUCAGACCAAAGUAUGAGGCUUAAUUAAUGUGCUUGAAUAUAAUUAUACAGAGUGCAUUCUUCCUUGAUAAAUAUAGCCUUAAAAUAACGGAAGGGUUAUCCUCAGCAGAGCGUAUAGCACAGAAAACAGGAAAUGCCUCACAGUCCUGAUUAUUAUUUGCCACAUUUAAAGCAGAGACGAUGAGUCCUGAACCACCACAGCCUAUUUCCAGCACACAUUGGAAACCAGUGUUCUGCAAUAGUGGCAGACCUUCGUUUAUGAAUUUAGUUUUUCCCCACUGUGAUGUCACAGAUACCUCUGCUAACACCCCUACGUGCAUAAGAAAAUAAAUUACAGAACCAUUAGUCCACGUACUGUUGAGUGUUGAGGGCCUAUGCAGUAAAUUUGGAUCCUGGGAGUCUGCAGCUUUUUUUUGUGUAGUAUUUAAAAUAUGCAUUUUACAUAGGAAAAAGGGACACUUGAAAAUGAGCUCCCACUAAAGGGGGCAAAGGAUAGAUAUAUAGCAGACCAUGUCUUUUUAAAGUAAUUAUGGAGAACCUAAACUGCUGUCUGUGGUUAGGAAGGAGAGCAGUGCAGAUGUUUGUAAGGUGGUGAGGACUUUUGUCUUGAAAUUAUCUUCAUGGGUUCCUUCGACCUUCAAUGUGAUGUAACUGUAAAACCGAUUAUUGUGUAAACGACUGUGUAGCAUCAUGUUUGUCACCUGUAAAUACAAGGGACAGAGUGAUCUUACAGCUUCUCGGUGAGCUGCAGAGGAGUGUCUUGUGUAUCUGUACAAUUUUAAAUGUACACUGUUAAUUUAGAUGUCUCUCUCAGUGCUGUUCUUAAACAUUAACUGAAUUAAACCCCAUUUUUGAAAGAAA